UCUAUUCUUGGCUCCAUCAGCCACUUGGCAGCAGCCUGCGAUCUCCUGAGCGAGCAGAGCCAGCGCGUUUCCGCCGGUGUUUCUGUCCUGCUCAGGAAACCUUGCCUCCAGCUUCCCAAAGCUUCCUCCUCCUCCCUCCUCCUCCACUCCUUCCCCCAUCCGAAGGACAGAUGCGAGAGCUGAACAUUUUACAGAUUCAAAGCCGGCGCCUGGGGGCUCAUCUUAAGAAGAUGCUUGUUUCCCUGUGUAUGUUUACACAGUAAGCAUAUCCCUUAUGAGCUUCUAGGCAAACGUUAUCCUACUGGGACUGGUUUUCCUGCUGUUUUUCUUAGGCCUGCACAGACAGCACAGCUCCGUGCGGGAACAAGAUGACUAAGGCAGAGAUAGGACUAAACGGCAAAAUGGAUGCAUCUUCCAGCUAGCAUUCCACGGAAAGGAAUUCUACACCAUGAAGUGGAGGAAAGGACUCUCUCUCUCGCUGACGCCCAGGACACACCAUGCCAGAAAUAUCCAGCACCUAAGAGUUCAAGGAUGGAGACUUUACCUCUCUCUGAGCUCUAAGAGCACAUACUGCUGCAUUGAGAGCCACAGGAUGGUUCAACAAAGCCAAGUCUGUGUAAGGAUAUGUGCAGAAAGGUAGACCGAACAUGCUUCCCUGAACUAUGGUCAGAAGAACAUCUCUGGAUCACAGAAGAUGAACCAACUUGAGGCAGCCAAAUCUGGGUUUUUAGUAUGCAUCGUGGGUUGCGUUUUCAUCUUUGCCUUCAUCUAUGUAAAGAAUACAAUUCCUAAAGAAGCCAGUGAGCAAAAACUUUCCCCAGAAUUAGCCGAGUGUGGCUUCUACCCAGAUGAGCUGUGCGCGGCUCUCUUUGAGGGCAAAGAUGCUGCUCCUCAAAUUGGCCACCUGUGCCAGCAGGUUCUGCGUGGACAAGAGAUGACUGCCUGCGUACGGACUCCUUGCAACUGCUCAACAGUCCAGAAGAGACUCCAUUUCAUAACAAGGCCACUGUCGGAAGAAGAAGGGAACUUCUCUUUGGCAUAUAUCAUCACCAUUCACAAAGAGCUGGACAUGUUUAUCAAGUUACUCAGAGCCAUUUAUAUGCCUCAAAACAUUUAUUGCAUACACAUUGAUGAAAAAUCACCGAAGGAUUACAAGGUGGCUGUGCAAACCCUGGUUAACUGCUUUGAAAACGUUUUUAUUGCUUCUAAAAGAGAGAAUGUUGUCUAUGCUGGAUUUUCUAGAUUGCAAGCGGAUAUCAACUGCAUGCACGAUUUGAUUCAUUCCAAAACUCAGUGGAAUUACGUCAUCAACCUAUGUGGGCAGGAUUAUCCCAUCAAAACGAACAAGGAGCUGGUACAAUAUAUCAAAAGCAAAUGGAAUGGUAAAAACAUGACUCCAGGAAUCAUCCAGCCACCUCACAUGAAGCAUCGAACGCACACAAGUUACAGAGAAUAUGUACAUGCAGGAAAAUCUUACGUGUAUCCAACAAAGAAUGUGAAAAGGGAGCCGCCCCACAAUUUGACUAUGUAUUUUGGGAGUGCCUACUAUGUACUCACAAGAAAAUUUGUAGAGUUUGCAUUGACUGAUGAACGUGCAAAAGAUUUACUCGAAUGGUCAAGGGACACCUAUAGCCCUGAUGAACACUACUGGGUCACUCUCAACAGGCUGCCAGAUGCUCCCGGUGCCACGCCAGAUGCAGAGUGGGAAGGAAACAUACGAGCUAUCAAGUGGAGAGAUCAAGAAGGACGAGCCCACAAUGGCUGCAAAGGUCACUACGUCCGAGACAUCUGCGUAUAUGGACUUGGGGACAUAAAAUGGAUCAUUGAAUCUCCACAUUUGUUUGCCAACAAAUUUGAGCCUCAAACAUAUCCACUUGUCAUGGAAUGUCUCGAGAGGCAUUAUCGGCUUAAAGUACUCCAGCAGGCUGAAGUCCCAUUGGAAGAACACUGGCCUUUACAGGAACACACUUAUUUUAAUAUGAAACCUAAUAUCUGAAUCAAUCAUGACCAACAUUUGAAGGACAAAUGAAUGUCAUUUUGCUUAAUGGCUAUAUCACAGUUAUGAAAUCUGUCCGAUGCAACACCCACAUCCUGUAUAAUACCAACAGCAUUAGAGAAAAAAUCAUCCACAAAAUGAAGUACUGAUAUAUACUGACAUCCAGCAUCUUUAGCAAUGUGGCCUCGAGAACCUGUGAGUGGAAAGGCAGUAUAAAAAUACACCUAAAAAUUCUGCAUAUACAUUCAUUAGGGCUGCAACAUUUAGCUAACUGAUCAGUUAACUGAUUAAAAACAUUUAAAGUUUUAAUGAACAAAGGUUCCUCCAAUUAAUCUGGCAGUAGAUUUUUAAAAAACAACAGUAUUUUCUUUUUUAAAAGUAUCGCAUAAGUGAUAGACACUACCUUAGAGGAGGCACUCUCUUUUAAAUGGAGAGAAUGCCUCUAAGGUGCAUGUAUAUGUUGCAGCAAACACCAUCAUCUAAGAAUGUGCAUGAAUUCCCCGCCUCUUUUUAUCCCUAGGCAAAUGUAGGAGCAUUUAAUCAAUUGAGUUGACCAGCUGACUAAAAUGUCUUUGAUUGGACAAUAAAAAAACCUUUAAAAAUCCAAAUAAUCUGUAUAAACAAAGUUAUAUGUAAUAUUAAAAAAGAGCAACACAAUGCACAUAGAAUCCAAAAGAAUCUAUGAAGAAGAGGUAAAAUUUGGUAUUCCAUAUGCCUCCACUGAAACAGAAGGAUAAAUUAGGUAAUUUGCUGCAAGGAAAGUAACAAUCAAGGACUAAAUUGAAGUGAACAUGAACAAAGACACUGGGCCGGAUACAGUGCAAAAUUUCCACUUGCACUAGAGGUCUUGCAUGAGCGACAAUGCAAGACAGACGCAGAGGCGAGUUUGCACCAAGUCAAAAUCACUGUACCUCUACUCGAACUUCCAUUUGUACAAGACCUUGUGCAACCAAUUUCUGAGCACUAUAAGAUAUAGGUAGAAAAGCGCUAGGUAUUGCACGGUAUUUUAUGAAAGCAGAACUGUGGAUAGUCCAUUGAUGUUUCCACUUGUGUGCCACAGGAUCCAAGCCAUUAUAGCAGCUCUACAGAUUUCAGUGGAAUGACAAACACAUGGAAUUGAUAGUUUACAAGAAGGCUCAAAAGGAGAAUCGACUCGUAGGACAACAAGCUGUUUUAUGUCAUAAGCUAUUCACUGCUGCCUAAGUUAUUGAACAUUUGAGAUUAUAUGUAAUCAUGAUGACUGGGAAGAUUGAUUAAAAAAAAGAAAAGAAAGAUCCAUUUA